AUGAAGUCCGUCAUCAUCACCGCCGUCCUCGCUUCGGCUGGUGCCCUUGCGCAGAGUCCUCUGCCCGCGUGCGCUCAAUCUUGCGCCUUGAGCAUCCUCGCCUCCAGCGGCUGUGCUUCCACUGACGUUGCCUGCGUCUGCAAGUCCACGGUCUUUGUCGCAGGCUACACUUCCUGUGUGACCAAGGCUUGCAGCGCCGAAGAUGCCGCCAAGGCCGAGCAAUACGGUGUUCAACUGUGCGGCUCCGCUGGCGUGAGCGUUAGUGGCGAGGCCCCGGCCACUGAAGCUCCUGCGGUUUCGAGUGAAGCACCUGAGGCGCCCUCGGCUCCGACUGAAGCCCCUUCGGCUCCUUCUGCCCCAGCUGCCCCGUCUGCUCCUGAAGCGCCGACUGCACCAUCCGCUCCCGCCCCGCCUUAUCCCCCGAAGCCCUCUGAGGAGGUCCCACCUGUUGUUCCUACCGAGUCCAAGCCCACCGAAGUGCCUGCCACUCCUGCCACGCCCACGCCCGUCAUUCCAACUGCUGGUGCCGGAAUGGUCCAGGUCUCGAAUGCGAUUAUCCUCUCGGUCGGACUUUCGAUGAUGCUAGUUCUGUUGAACUAA